CCGGCCAUUGUUUUCUAAUCCGCGCCGGAUGCACUAAACAAGGGGGAAUCUGCUCGUCGUGGUCUCUCUCGUGGAGUGCGGCUUCUAAAUUCGAGAGUCCUACCCGCUCCUCUCUCCUCUCCUCUCGCGAGUCCAAUCGAAUCGCUCCUCUCGGGAUGGAGAGCUCCAACGGCAAGCCGCCGCAGGGAGAGGAGGAGGGGAAGGCGGCGGGGUCGAUCGGAGGCUACGAGUCGCUGCACAGGCUCCUCGAGUCCAACCUCUCCCCCGAGCUCUUCAAGGAGGCAAGCCGGUUGCUUUUGGGGCUGAAUUGUGCACAUCCUCUUGAGCCUAUUUCCCUGCCUGGGGCCACCACUGAUCUUGCCCAAGCGCAUAGUUUUGAUGUGCAGCUACUUGUAUCACAGGCAUUCCGUUUUAACGCUGACAAAGAGCACAUGAGGCAACCGCGGAUUGUUCGAGUUGGCCUAAUUCAGAACUCAAUUGCUGUUCCAACAACUUGUCAUUUUGCUGAUCAAAAGAAGUCUAUCAUGGAGAAAGUAAAACCCAUCAUAGAUGCAGCUGGUGCUUCUGGUGUCAAUAUUUUGUGCUUACAGGAAGCCUGGACAAUGCCAUUUGCCUUCUGCACGCGUGAAAAACGUUGGUGUGAGUUUGCUGAGCCUGUCGAUGGAGAAUCUACUCAGUUUCUUCAAGAGCUUGCACAGAAAUAUAACAUGGUAAUUGUUAGCCCUAUCCUUGAAAGGGAUAUAAACCAUGGAGAGACUAUAUGGAAUACCGUUGUUGUAAUUGGAAAUAAUGGCAACAUAAUUGGCAUUCAUCGAAAGAAUCACAUCCCAAGAGUUGGCGACUUCAAUGAGAGCACGUACUAUAUGGAAGGUAACACUGGGCAUCCGGUGUUUGAAACAGCUUAUGGCAAAAUUGCUGUAAACAUCUGCUACGGCAGGCAUCAUCCUCUGAAUUGGCUUGCAUUUGGCCUCAAUGGAGCUGAAAUAGUUUUCAACCCAUCUGCAACUGUCGGUGAACUUAGUGAACCAAUGUGGCCUAUUGAGGCAAGGAAUGCUGCAAUUGCAAAUAGCUACUUUGUCGGAUCAAUUAACCGGGUAGGCACAGAGGUAUUCCCGAACCCAUUCACUUCUGGUGAUGGGAAACCUCAGCACGCGGACUUUGGUCAUUUCUAUGGAUCCAGUCAUUUCUCAGCGCCUGAUGCUUCCUGCACCCCAUCGCUAUCGCGCUACCGAGAUGGCUUGAUGGUAUCUGACAUGGACCUGAACUUAUGCCGCCAGAUCAAAGACAAGUGGGCCUUCCGCAUGACUGCUCGGUAUGACAUGUAUGCUAACUUGCUUUCAGAGUACUUGAAGCCAGAUUUUAAGCCUCAGAUCAUCGCGGAUCCCUUGAUAAAUAAGAGGGCUUAAUUGGCUCAGUUGGUUCCCUUCUUUUCUGUAUAUGUUGUAUAAAUAUAUAAACAAAUCAGUACAUCUUUUGAUCAAGUUUCCAUGGUCUGACUUUGCCCAA